AUGUAAUAAUAAUCAUCUCCAAAAAUAAUUGAAAUCGCAAUCAGCACUGAAAUGCUGGGUCGUUACGCUUCUUAUAAGAUACAAGUUGAUCAAAAUAUUAUUAGCAGAAGGUUUAAUGACUUUGUUCAUUUUUAUGAUGCAUUACGUGCAAAUUACCCUGGUAUAUUUAUUCCUAGACUUCCUGAAAAAUAAGCUAUGGUAAUUUUUAAAUUAUUAUUUAAGGGAAAUCUUGAAGAAGAGUUCCUUAGAGUUAGAAGAACAAUGUUGUAAUAAUUCCUAAAUUCAAUAUUUAAGAGAAAAAUCUUAUGGAAUUCGCCAGAAACAAAAUAAUUCUUAAAUGAAUAGAACUAAAUUUGGAUACCUUUAAAUAAUGAUAAUAGAUCAUUAGAAGAAAAAUAUGUAGCUAAUCUUCCUGAUUGCUCGAAUGUAAUCAAUAUAAUUAAUUGAAGUUAGAAAUUACAUUAGAUAUGAAAUGUUAAUUUUAUGAUUUUUAAUCAUUUGUUGUAAAAGUAAAGCCAAUGAUUGAAAACUUUAAAAGAAUGUGCAAUAAUUAUGUGAUUGCUAAAACAAAUUUUAACACAGAAAAAUUGAUUUUUGUCAAUUAUGUACUUCCAGAGUUUGAAAAGAAUUUAUUGUUUAAGAGCGAUAAGAAAUUUUUUGAGAAAAUAAAGCCUUUAGAUUUGAUGAAGAAUUAAAAAUAUGAUUAAGCUCGUAAAUUUUAGAAUGAUCAGAUUUUGAUAGAUUUAAGUAUUUACGAGAGCGACAUAGAGGUGAUAAAAUAUUAGGAUUAUUUUAGUCUCAUUUGAUAUAAUUCGAUUAGAUAAGGAAAUGGGAAGAUAAGAUUAUAAAAUAUGAGGAUAAAAUAAGAUAGAAUUAAUUAGAUUUAUAAUAGACAAUAAAUAAUUAGAGAAAUGCAGUUGCAAAGUUAUUUUUUGGAUCUAAAGAAAAGGAGAUAUUAAGAUUAUAAAAUUAGAUAGAUUAAGUAAUAUAUAUUGAAAUUGAUAUUUUAGUAUUGUAAGAGUAUUUAGAAUUUGAAGGGUUUAAUAAAUAUCACAAUGGGUUAAGUUUGUUUAUUUGAGAUUCCUGAUUUUAUAAAAGAGAAAGAGUAGAAUUUAUUUAAGUUAAUAAAAAUAAUAGGUUAAUUGGAGAUGGAAUAGAUAAGUUUGAGUGCAGAGUAUUGGUAAAAUAUUUUGGAUUCUCGUUUAAUAUCUUAGAUUGAAUAAUAAUAAAUAUAUGAUUCUGUGUUAAUAAUAGAAUAGAAAUAGUAAGAUUAGAAUUUGUAAAAAGAAGAGAAAAAUUAGAAUUAGAAUUAGAAUUAAGAUUAGAAUUAAGAUUAGAAUUAAGAUUAAGAUUAGUUUAAAGAAAAGAAGAGUGAAGUGAUAUCAGAAUAGAAAGAAUAAGAGAGUAAUGAAUAAAAUUGAAAAUAAAUAAG